UACGCAACUUUUGUAUACCGUAGAAAAGCUACGCAACGAUAACGAAACUGUGUUAACUCCAAUAACGACUUACAAAAUCCCACUGGAAUGAGAUAAAGAGAGAAAAGAAGCAUCUGGGUGGAGUUUUCGAACGCGCCUCUAUAGAUCGGGACUUCGGAACGAGUCCAUAAGGAAAAUUCACAUCUUAGCAAAAAACAAAAAGGCAAAAGCCAAUCGGAAUUCGUGCUGAACAGAAACUAUCAUCUUGGGCCCGAUUCCUGACGGUGUGCAAAUGAGAUACGUAUGCGAAAAUUUAUAGUAUAUGUAACGUGAAAUAUAGGAUUUUCGUAUGCGCAUCUCAUUCGCAUGAAAGAAUCGCCACUAUGGUAGUCACUCAUCUAUAUACAUAUUAUAUAUAUAUAUAUAGCGAAAGAGAGAAAGAGAGUAUAGUCAUUCAUUUCGUAAACAGAGAAGUGUCGUUCACCGCUGUUAUUACUACGCUUCCGCUCCUAUCUUGUGUCAAGUCGUAGGGGUCACGAAGUGACGUCUCUCAGAUGUUCGCGUUCACGACGGUCGCUUAUUGAACUCUGAGGCGAGAGUCUAAUGUGACGAAAAUCUUUCGUAACAACAAGCACUACGAUAUGGCCGCUAGUGCUGUAACUACGCUUCGCGAAUUCGUCUCGAUGCAGUGUCACAAGAAUUGAUAGUUGAGACCGACUUUGUUGUCCUUGCGAGACCCGUGAGUGAUCUCACGGAACCUAUGUAAUAAAUUUCCCGCGUUUCUCUUCGACGAGAGUGAACGUCGUCGGGCAAACUGUGCUUGUCAGUUCUCGACAUCAGGCAUGUACUCAACGCGUCUUGCUCUGUCAUCGCAUUGCUGUCUGCCGGUAGUUUCUUUUGGAUGAGCGUUUCGUUUCGUUCUGUGCCGCGCCACGAUGAGCGAGAAAAGUAGAAAAGUAGUGACUAGGUUCCAUCACAUUCACGGUGACAAUAUCGUCCUGCGCGAGGACAAUACAGUGGCGGUACGCACUACGAGCUUUGCCAAUUCUGUAGCCUUCAGCGAGAAGCCACUGCAGCCCGGGGAGAUCUUCCUCGUGGAGAUCGAGAAGACAGAAAGGGGAUGGAGUGGACACAUGCGGCUGGGCCUUACUCUCAUCGACCCAGCCUCAGUCAACAAUAACCUGCCACAAUAUGCGAUGCCUAAUCUUGUCAGAUUGGGCAAUACAUGGAUUUUUGCCAUAACGAGAAAUCAGACAAUCUGGGACUAUACUGGCUAUGAUGAAGGAAUACCAUCCAGAGAGAAGAAACUGGUCACAGAUGGUGUCAAUGUCCAGACAUCACGCGGAGUCAUUCCUUAUAGUGUCCUGAGACCAAACACACUUGGCUCUUCCCAGUAUAUCUUGCCUACUGAUGCUGGCAGUCGCAUUGGCAUUAUGUACGUGCCACAAGCAGGCUCUGACAAAGCAGAGAUGCACUUCAUAAUUAAUGGGGAAGAUCAAGGCGUGUGUGGAAAGGAUAUCCCCUAUAAAGCUGGUCCUUUGCGUGCAGUGGUAGAUGUCUAUGGCACCACGAAACAAGUUCGGAUAGUUCAACUGUAUGGCGCAGUAUCGACUCUGCAGAGCGCGUGCCGCGACGCUAUACUGCAAUACACGAAGAGGAACGCGGUAAACUUGCUGCCGUUGCCGAGACCGCUCAAGGACUACCUGCUGUAUCAGUCGCAAUGAGAAUCGGAUCAUUCCGUUCGUAUGCGUGUCUUUGCGCCGCGCUAAACCCACCGCUGCUUUAUUUCUUUCCUAUAUCGCGCAGCGAUAUCUCUUCGUACAUGGUAUACGUGAUUACAUAUUCUGUUAUGUGGAUUCAAGACUGACGGCACGUCGAUCCGUCGUGUUCGCACAUAUUCAUUCUUUUAUACACACGUAUUGUCUUUUCUACGAAAUUGUCUUCAAAUACGAAAUUCUCGCGCGCGCUUUCAAUUGUAAAUGUUUCCCCCGGAGAGGCGAAACGGUAAAUCGUCGUGUGUAAAUAGUGUAACAAAAUGUUGAUCUCGCAGGAACGAAUUAAAGAAAAAAAAGAAGCGACAGUCAUAAUCGAUUCAAUGUGAUACAGCGAAAAAACGUAAACGUACCGAGCGCAACGUGAUUGCAAGCACUGCUGGAAAGUGAUCAUUUAUAGGGCAUGCGUGUAAUAACGCCAUAUGUAGAAUUUAAGUGUAAUAUUCUUCAAUUACUUUCGUUCUAGCGAAUGUCUUGUUUCUACGUUUACGAGAUACGAUAUAAAAUUAAGUUUUACAAUUCACGCUGUUGUAUAAACAAGCGGGAAACAAAUGAUAUUCAUAUAAAAGCGUCCUAAGAAAACCUGUUUUGCAAGAAAUGAAACAAACGAAAAAGAAGGAAAAAUAAAUGUUCUUAUGAAAUAAUUUAUAAGAGACAGAAAAGGAGA